AUUCAGACAUGCAGUAAACAGAGGAGGACCUCUCCACUAGUUUCUCCUUCAAAUUAAGAGUCUUCCUCCAGAUGGGACACCACUGUCCUCAUCAAAUGUGGACAUGCAGCUCCUUCCUUAACAGCGUCAGUCGUUCUGGGCUCCGCAGUGCCGCUGCUUUGUUUCCUGUCUCAGCAGCGAGUGGACUGCUUUCACCUGGCGGCUCAGAUGUAAAUCAGCCUCUUGAAGGCUACACGGCUACAAUAAAACCAGCAGGGCUUGCUUUCGAAUCUGCAGUAAAAACUUGUGAAGGCAACACUGUGAGGGACAAAGGCACAAUUGACCAGCUGUGCUUUCAAAACAAAAGUGGUCAGCGGACUUUUCAGCCUGCGUUGGCAUCUAAAUGUGAUCAUUAUGUGUGAUCUAACUGACAUUUAUCAGUCACUAACUUGUUUGCUUUCUGUACUUGGCACUGUUCUGUGGCACUGGCAGCUGAUUCAGGAAUAUCCUGGCCUCUGGCUGUAUGUAUCUCAGGUGCAGUGGGCUGUGUUAUAUUUUGUGCUGUGUAAAUAAUGCAGGUGAGAGCAGGAAUUCAGGGUAUGAUCAGAAGUUUUAGCGUAAAGAAAUAUAGGUUGAACUCUUGUGCCUUAAUUUCAGUAUUUCAUCUGCCUCCAUGUGUCGAUCAUCCGGCCCUGCAGCUCAUCAGGAGCCCGGCUGGUUUUCAACCUCCCCAAGUUCUCCUCUGCAUCCACCAUGGCUGCUCGAAGUACAAUUCAAGCUGCUGGUACUUAAAGGAUAAGUUCACCCAAAAAUGAAAAUUCCGUUGUUAUCUGCUCACCUUCAUGCUGAUGGGAAGCCAGGUGAAGUUUCAUAGUCUGCAAAACAUUUCUAAGCAUUGCAGCAUUCUCCUCUCAAGCUAAAAUGGCUAGCGUCCUGUCUGAAAUGGGUGCACAUGGGUGUCGAGGGUCCGUGGUUGCUGUGAAGCUUCACAAAUGUUUUGUGGUCUACAAAACCUCCCAGGAUUUUUCAUUGAGUUGAUAAUGACGUAUGAGAUUUUUAUUUUGUGUUGAACCUUUUCCUUAAGUGCUGCGAAUGGCUCGGGCUCAUCCUACAUCAGAGGGCCUCGUCAAAGAACGCUCUGCUACUUCACAAUCCAAAUGACGUCCAGACAGCAGAAACUUGAGACAUCUUCCACCAGAGACUGAAAACUCAUCUGUUCAGUCCAGAAACCUCCUUCGCAGCCUCUUAUUGUUUCUAAAUGUAGCAGCUCAGCAUGUUGAUGAAGCUGAUGUACUUCAUCCGCACGGCUGAAUGCACAUAUUGUAAGUCGCCCGGGAUAAAGGCGUCAGCUAAAUAAACGUAAUGUAAUCUUAAUUAAAUGCCAUGUACACUCACACAGGUGCUCUCACUUGCUCGGUCUGAUUAGACCUCGUUUCAGGUCGAAGCCAGGCGGAGCCACGGGGAGAUGUCAUGAUGUCACCUGCCUCUCUGUAUUAAAAGUACAAAUGAUAAAGGUGUUGCCCUGCAGUAACAGGUGCGACAGAACUAACAGGAGCGCGAGGAAGACGUCAAUCAAAAACAGUGUAUGUGCCCACACAGUCCUGAGAAGACGCCUGAUCAAACACCUGUGUGGGAGAAAACGCCGCUUCUUCUACGUUUUUUUAAAAAAUACUGGCUGUAGAUCUGUCAGAGCUGGAAGUAAUAUCUGUAACACUGGCUCCAAUCCAAACUGAAGUUCCACUCAAAGUGUAUCGUCAGGAAAAUCAAGAAUUAACACAGACGUAAUAACAUAACUGUUUAAUUUGGAGGCUUAGGGAGGCUGUCAAAGUUUAUCUUAUCACUUCUGUGAAUUCAAAUCUACAGGCAGACUUACUUUAGUCCAAGUCAGUCGAGCACAGACUGCUGGCUACUUUUUCGGUGCUGGUGACAUGUAUUGCACGAGACGAUGUAGUUUCACACAAAACUAGAUGAUAUUUUACUUUAUUUACAACAAACUGUGACUUUUCUUGACAUGAAAAAUCACUGUGAAAAAAACCUCAUUAACAGAAGGACCUGUGUGGUCCAUCAGGCAGCCCGGAUCAGGCUAUGAACCGCACAUAUGAUGUUUGUAGAUUUAAAAGAUUUUUUUUUAAAGUCAAGGGAGCUGAAAUUAGUUUGAUUGAAGUGAAACACCAUCUGGUUUUGUGUUGUGUUUGUGUCAGUGAACUACAUCGUCUCACUCAACACACCUCACAGUGGUUUAUUUUCUUAGUUUUAUGACAAAUGGCGACAUGAUUGAUUUUAAAAUGUAUCCUGACAUUAGGUCCUGUGGAAUCCACUGGAAGAAGUCCCACAAUGCAUUGCUGCAUUUAGGCCGCUAAUUGCAGGUGAAAGACAAUUAGCUAGCUGCUAGCUCAUUAGCCGUGGUCACCAAGGAGACCCACAGGUGGCGGGAGGUGAGAGGACUCACUGUCGCAUCUUUGUUAGUUAAAGUGUUCCUCGUCAUGUCUUCUGUGGCUCCUGACAGCGACAGGCGGUCCGCGGACCACACUUUGGGUACCACCGCCGUCAAAAGCAUCCCGCUCCUGGUUUUUUUUUCUUUUUUUUUUUGGAGAGGGGGAGAAGAAGCGCCCACGUGACGGAGGAGAAGCAGCAGCCUGCUCACCGCCGCUGGUUUCUCGGCUGAUAGCUGCCACGGCGCCGGACGGACGGAGGAGCGAAGCGGGGCAGAGAGACGCACACAGACGGAGAGACUCGCCGAGGGAAGACGUGCCAAGACGAGAAAUAAUCUCCGUUUGCGACGCCAGAACUCCGCAGACUCCUCCAGACGACACGGCUGGCACGCACGCACACCAUGGACGGUUAUGCCCGGACCGAAGACGAGCUGUUCUCCCCGUGCCUCCUCAACCUCACCUGGGAGAGUUGCUACGAGCAGUGUGCUGCCUUGGUUGGUGAAGACCAGCCCCUCUGCCCAGACCUCCCUGAACUCGACCUCUCAGAGCUGGACGUCAGCGACUUGGAUGCAGACAGCUUCCUGGGUGGCCUCAAAUGGUACAGUGACCAAUCGGAGAUCAUUUCUGCUCAGUAUGGCAACGAGGCAUCCAAUCUCUUUGAGAAGAUAGAUGAAGAAAAUGAGGCCAACUUGCUGGCAGUGCUUACAGAGACCCUGGACAGCAUCCCGGUGGAUGAGGACGGAUUGCCUUCGUUUGAGGCCCUGGCAGAUGGGGACGUGACCAAUGCCAGUGACCGGAGCUGUCCCUCCUCCCCUGACGGCUCGCCACGCACCCCAGAGCCUGAGGAGCCUUCUCUGCUGAAGAAGCUCCUUCUGGCACCCGCAAACUCCCAGCUCAGCUAUAAUCAAUACACAGGUGGCAAGGCACAGAACCAUGCAGCCAGCAGCAACCACCGGAUCAGACCACCACCUGCCGUCGUCAAGACGGAGAGCCCCUGGAAUGGCAAAGCAAGAGGGGGCUCCAGCCAACAGAACCGCCCGGUGAGGCGGCCUUGCACUGAGCUGCUGAAAUACCUAACAGCCACUGAUGACAUCCUGCUCCACACCAAAGCCAGUGAAGCCAAGAGCACCUGGGGGGGUGCCGGUAGCAGAGACAAGAGUGGCCUGGGUCUUGGCGCGUCUUCCUCCUCCUCUUCGCCGUCCUCGUCAUCCACCUCCUCGUUCUCCUCCCUCUCUUCCACGUCUUCCUCUUCCUCAACCACCUCCAAGAAGAAGUCAGCUGUACCAUCUCAACAGCAGCAGCAGCAGCAGCAGCAGCAGCAGCAGCAGCAGCAGCAGCAGCCGCCGCAGCAGCAUCACCAGCGAGGUGAGAGCCGGGCUGCAGGCGAGUGUAGUGUGGCUGGUGUUGGGGCUGGGAAGUGGCAGCGUUGCAGUCACGAUGACGGGUUUGAGGAGUCGGAGGGUGCCUCUAUCCCUGUCGGCCACAGAACCUCCACCUGCGGCCAUGCCCGCCCCAAACUGGAGCACGGGCCGCCCAGUGAAGAAGGAAGGCCGCCAGGCGAUGUGGGCCGCCUGGCCGCCGCUAGGUUUAUUAGGUAUAUGCAUUCUUAUUCCCUCCCUCCCCGAGAGGUGAGUCACAGCUGUGAGCAUUGCCGAGAGGCUGCGGGCGCCACUCAGGCUAGUGAGGGCUUUGGCAGGCAAGGCCAUAGUAAUAGUAACGGUGCCAGCCGUGCACCACGUAGGCACAUCACAGUGACUAUUAGGAAAAGAGAUGAGAAGCCGGGGCACCCCUUACUUAGCCAGCUGCUCACCUCCAAACAGAGGCCUGCUCAGUAUCGAGCCCAUUCACUCCCACCUAAGAUCAGCCCUUUACCAAGCACUCUGAGCAAAUCAGCAGGUAAGAGGUCUGAGAGCCCUGCCCAGGCUGUUUCAAAGGGGGAGGAGGAAGAGUUGGGAGGGACCACUGAUUGUAAAACCCAGGCAGUAAGUGAGGUCGAAGAGCCUGACUCAGGGUCCCUGUUGUCACCUCUCGCCUUCGACCUAGAGAGCUGGGUUAGCCAGCCAGACUCAGGGCUAGACCUGGGCUUCGGACUAGAGCUGGGGUGGCUAAACCAUGGGGAGGAUGUUGACCAUGAUGAUGAUGAUGGUGUUGAUGAUGAUGAUGAUGAUGACCAUGUCACGGGCAGCCCUGCAGCGGUGCUCUCACAAGGCCCAGCAAGCCCACUCUUCCCAGAUACUAGAAAUGCAGAGCCCGCCCCUCCCUUCAUCAUACAAGGGCAAGGGCACCCACACAGGCAGGCACUCAGCGAGCACCCCGGCGACCAGGGCCACCUGUUGUUAGCCAAACCAACCACCUUGCCACUUCCUUUGACCCCAGAGUCUCCAAAUGACCACAAGGGAUCACCGUUUGAGAACAAAACCAUUGAACGCACAUUAAGUGUGGAGAUUGCUGGAACCCCAGGUCUGACACCACCUACCACGCCCCCACACAAAGCCAGUCAAGAGAAUCCUUUCAAAGCAUCGCUCAAAACCAAGUUGUCUUCAUGUUCCUCCUCAGCCUUGGCAUGCAAAAGAGCCAGGCUGGGCGAGUUGGGCCCCGGCGCUCUGGCCCCGGCCUCAGGUGCCUCAGGCGGGGGCCCCACAAGGAAGGGUCCCGAACAGACUGAGCUUUAUGCCCAGCUGAGCAAAGCGUCCACCGCCCUCCCUUACUCCGUCACCCAACACACAGUGGGGGGUGGCCUUGAGGAGCAUCGCGGCACUGGGAACAAUAAGCGGGCGGCAUCCCGUGGCUACAGUGACCAUGACUAUUGCCAGGCAUCAGCCAGCACUAAGAAGGAUGGCGGCACAGCCACUGUUACCAUGACUACAGCAGCGGUGAAGGCUACCUCAGGUGCCACUGCUGCUUCCGUGCCUACUGCAGGCAAAGUGGAGGACAGGCAUGUCGAAUGUAAGGACUCAGCCAUGCCACUGUCCUCUUCAUCACCUUCAUCUACUUGUUCUCCAUUAUCAGCUUCAUCUGGUCCUCUGGCUAAGCAGCAGAAUUUCACCUCUGUGGAUGGAAAAGCAGCCUGGGUCCAGGAGUUGGGGAAGCAGACCCUUACUCAAACCACCCAGAACCCAGAGGCCACUACUGACGGGGACCAACAUCAUCUUUCUGCCACCAGCCGAAAGCUCCUCUGUGACAAGGAGAUCAGAGAAGAACUCAAUAAGCACUUUGGCCACCCCUUACAUGCCCUUUACAGCCAGGGUGGCCAGGAGAAAGAACCAGGCAGCAAGGCAAACAAGGCUGCAGCCCCUAAGUCCCCUGUGGAGGAGGAUGGCUACUACUCCCAGAGGCUGCCUGGCUCCAGCUACCUGCACCCAGGCUUCCUGCCCUUCCACGAAGAGCUCGAGCUGGAUGAGGGCCGUGAGAGUCGCUUCCUCUACCCGUGGGAGGGCACCCCCCUGGACCUACUUUUUGACUGCCCCCCCUGCUCUCCCUCCUGUUCCCCACCAUCCAGCUGUUCCCCUUCACGAGGCUCCAUCUCCCCACCGUCCUCCCUCCUCCUUUCGCCCAGUAGGCCUUUCUGCUGGACCAGCAGCGGCUCCCGCUCCCGCUCUCGUUCCCACUCCGGCUCCCGCAGCUCCUCCUCGCACUACCGGAGGCGCUCUCUCUCCAGCUCACCUGACAGACGCCCCUCCUCCUGGUCCCGUCACAGCACAGACCCAAGCACUUUUCGUUCCAGGACUCACAAGAGCCCCCACCCUCAGUCUCGAUCUCCUCUCAGCCGCAGGCCAAGGUAUGACAGCUACGAGGAGUACCAGCACGAGAGGCUGAAGAGGGAGGAGUACCGCCGGGACUACGAGAAGCGGGAGUUUGAGAGGGCCGAGCAGAGAGAGAGGCAAAAGCAAAAAGCAAUAGAGGAGAGACGGGUGGUGUACGUGGGGCGACUGAGGUCCGACUGCACCCGGACAGAGUUGAAGCGCCGCUUUGAAGUCUUUGGCGAAAUUGAAGAAUGUGCAGUGAACUUGAGGGACGAUGGGGACAAUUUUGGCUUCAUCACAUACCGCUACACUUGCGACGCCUUCACCGCCCUUGAGAACGGACACACCUUACGCAGGUCAAACGAGCCUCAGUUCGAGCUGUGCUUUGGCGGGCAAAAGCAGUUCUGCAAAUCACAUUACACAGACUUGGACUCCCAUUCGGACGACUUUGAUCCAGCCUCCACAAAAAGCAAGUAUGACUCCAUGGAUUUUGACAGCUUGCUGAGGGAGGCCCAGCGCAGCCUGAGAAGGUAACCAGUUCAGUGGCACCUGCUGUCUGUCACACAGAGGGACUCCUGAUACCUCACUGUUGUUUCUCGCUCCUUUGACGACGAGACUACCAGAAGUUUUACACUCUAUGUCAUAGAGUAUAUAAGAAUAAGUCUAUAGACCUAUAUCAAUAUAAAUGAAUAUAUCAAAAAUAAAGUUUACAUGAACAUAGCUGCUGAAGAGCUGGGAAGAGACAAUGCAUUUUGGGAAAGCCAGUGAACCCUCAGAACCUGGUGCACAGGUUUGAUGCACUCUACUGCUGUACAACCAUCGAUGAAAGAAGAAAAGAACAAACUUUCGUGAUUUCUUUUUCUUUUUAUUUCUCCAAGCACUACAAGGCCCACAAUUCUUUGGGAGUGAAAACAUGCAGCUUGUUCAGCCAGAUUUGUUUUUCUUUUGCUGUUGAUUUUCUUUUCUUUCUUUUUUUUCCCUCAAAUCUGGUGUUUGGAUCUAGUGUUACAUUACAAACCAGAGUAUAGGGAAUUGUAUCUUGGAGGUAAAAAUUCUCAAGGUAACAUUGUUGUCUACAUUUUAAGAAGAAAUGUAGCCGUGUAUUUACAAAUACUAUAAAAAGGAAUAUUUUUAUUUUAUGUACAUAUCGGAUAAAGUUCUUUAUUUGUUACAGCUAUGCACUGUAAAAUGCAGCCUUUUUUAAAAAUGAGGAGAAAAUUUCUUAAUUCAGAAUGUCGAUCUGUAGUCAUUACAAUACUGUAAAACAUAUUGUACACCUACAUGAUGUUUAGAAGACAUGAUAUGAUUGUAAAAAAAAAAAACAGAAAAAAGAUGUGUCCGAUUGCUCAUUUUGAGGGAGCAUGUGAACAAACGUCCUUUUUUAAGUUAUUUUGUCGGGGGAAAAAAAAAAAAGUCACCCAUGUAUAGUUUUAUCUGUUUAUAAAGUUUCUCAAUCAGUGUUUUUGCUUAUACAACCAGUGUAAAAUGCAUUUUUAACGUGUU